AUGGCUCCUCCCACCCCCAACGGCGUCAAUGGCUCUCGCAAAGCCUCGCUCACCAGCAGCCCGCCCAGCGCCUGGCAGGCAAAACACCCCAUUGCAUCCCACUUCAUUGGCGGGAGCAGACUAGAAAAAGCUCCUCCGAGCAAGAUAAAAGACUUCGUCCAGGAGCACGAUGGUCACUCUGCCAUCACCUCGAUUCUGAUUGCGAACAAUGGUAUUGCCGCAGUCAAGGAAAUCCGUUCCGUGCGAAAAUGGGCCUACGAGACGUUCGGCGACGAGCGUGCCAUUCAAUUCACUGUCAUGGCCACUCCGGAAGAUUUGCAGGCAAAUGCCGAUUAUAUUCGUAUGGCCGAUCAAUAUGUUGAGGUUCCUGGUGGCACAAACAACAACAAUUAUGCAAACGUUGAGCUGAUCGUUGAUGUGGCCGAACGCAUGAACGUCCAUGCAGUUUGGGCCGGCUGGGGUCACGCCUCAGAAAACCCCAAACUGCCAGAAUCCCUUGCAGCUUCCCACAAAAAGAUCAUCUUUAUUGGCCCCCCUGGCUCUGCCAUGAGGUCUCUCGGAGACAAGAUUUCUUCCACAAUUGUCGCACAACACGCCAAAGUUCCCUGUAUCCCCUGGUCAGGAGAGGGUGUUGACACAGUCGAAGUUGACAAAGAAGGCAUUGUGACUGUCAGAGACGAUAUUUAUGACCAAGGAUGCGUACACUCCGUAGCAGAGGGUCUGGCGGCUGCCAAAAAGAUCGGCUUUCCAGUCAUGGUCAAAGCAUCUGAAGGUGGUGGCGGCAAAGGUAUCCGAAAGGUGGAAAAUGAGGAGGAAUUCCCUGCUCUGUACCACGCCGCAGCCAGUGAGAUCCCCGGUUCCCCAAUCUUCAUCAUGAAGUUGGCUGGAAAUGCUCGGCAUCUGGAAGUUCAGCUGCUCGCUGAUCAGUACGGAAACAACAUCUCACUCUUUGGCAGAGAUUGUUCCGUUCAGCGCAGACAUCAAAAAAUUAUCGAAGAAGCUCCGGUCACAAUCGCCAACCCCGACACCUUCCACCGCAUGGAGGAAGCUGCUGUCCGGUUGGGAGAACUCGUUGGCUACGUCUCCGCAGGUACUGUCGAGUACCUCUAUUCGCAUUCUGACGACAAAUUCUACUUCCUCGAGCUCAACCCCCGUCUCCAGGUCGAACAUCCUACAACUGAGAUGGUCAGCGGAGUCAAUCUGCCAGCUGCUCAACUUCAAAUUGCCAUGGGUAUCCCUCUUCACCGCAUUCGUGACAUUCGCUUGUUGUACGGUGUGGACCCUCACAGGGCAACUGAGAUCGAUUUCCACUUCAAGAAUGAAAUCAGCUCCAAGACUCAACGACGACCUCAAGCAAAAGGCCACACCACAGCUUGCCGUAUCACUUCCGAAGAUCCUGGUGAGGGCUUCAAGCCUUCCGGUGGUACUAUGCAUGAUCUCAACUUCCGAUCAAGCUCCAACGUCUGGGGUUAUUUCUCCGUCAGCUCUGCUUCCAGCAUUCACAGUUUCUCCGACAGUCAGUUCGGUCAUAUCUUUGCCUACGGAGAGAACAGAUCUGCUUCCAGAAAACACAUGGUUGUUGCCUUGAAGGAGUUGUCCAUUCGUGGUGACUUCAGAAAUACCAUCGAAUACCUGAUCAAGCUCCUGGAGACACCCGCCUUUGAAGACAAUACUAUCACAACAGGCUGGCUUGAUCAGCUCAUUACCAACAAACUGACUGCCGAUCGACCAGAUCAAAUCCUUGCAGUCCUAGCGGGUGCUUUGACCAAAGCCCACAUCGCCAGUGAGGCAAGCAUUGCUGAGUACCGGAGAGGCCUUGAGAAGGGUCAAGUGCCCUCCAAGGACAUCUUGAAGACGGUCUUCCCUAUCGAUUUCAUCUAUGAGGGAUCACGAUAUAAAUUCACAGCCACCAGGGCAAGCCUUGACAGCUACCACAUUUUCAUCAAUGGCUCAAAAUGCCAUGUUGGUGUCCGAGCUCUUGCUGAUGGUGGUUUGCUCAUGCUUGUGGCUGGCCGAUCUCACAGUCUUUACUGGAAAGAAGAGGCCACCGCUAUCCGCCUGAGUGUUGACAGCAAGACCUGCUUGCUCGAGCAAGAGAACGACCCUACUCAGCUGAGAACACCUUCUCCUGGUAAACUUGUAAAAUUCAGUGUUGACAAUGGUGCACACGUCAAGGCUGGUCAAGCAUUUGCCGAAGUUGAGGUCAUGAAGAUGUACAUGCCACUUAUCGCACAGGAAGAUGGUGUGGUACAAUUCAUCAAGCAGCCAGGAGCCACUCUGGAAGCUGGUGAUAUUCUUGGCAUCCUCUCUCUUGAUGAUCCUUCCAGAGUCAAGACCGCUGAGACUUUCACUGGCCAGCUACCUGAUCUCGGCCCACCACAGAUUGUUGGUAACAAGCCUCCUCAAAAAUUCGCUCUGCUUGACGGCAUUCUUCAGAACAUUUUACUUGGAUUUGACAAUCAAGUUAUCUUGGCAUCGACUCUGAAAGAGCUCAUUACCGUAUUAAGGGAUCCUGAACUUCCAUACGGAGAGUGGCUCGCAAGAUCAUCAGCUCUGCACUCAAGAACUCCACAGAAACUAGAUGCCCAGCUCGAGCAAAUCGUGGACCGGGCCCACUCUCGUCAAGCCGAGUUUCCUGCCAAACAGCUGCAGAAGGCCAUUAAUCGGUUCAUUGAGGAGAACAUGUCUGCCGCCGAAGGUGCUGCUCUUCACACCACGCUGGCUCCUUUGGAAGAGGUCAUUACCAAGUUUUCCGAUGGCUUGAAGGUCCAUGAGCUGUCCGUUUUUGCCAGUCUCCUUGAUAAGUACUGGGAGGUGGAGAGGUUGUUUGCCUCUGGCAGCCACCGAGACGAAGAUGUCAUUCUGAAACUUCGAGAAGAAAAGAAAGAUGACAUUGCCUCCGUGGUCUAUACCGUCUUGUCUCAUACCCGGGUCUCAGCCAAGAACAACCUGGUCAUCGCCAUUCUUGACCUUUACCGACCAAAUCAACCCAAUGUCGGAAACGUUGCCAAGUACUUCCGACCUUCUUUGCGACGACUCACUGAGCUGGAGUCCCGGGGAACUGCUAAGGUGGCCCUCAAAGCUCGCGAGCUUUUGAUCUUGUGCGCCAUGCCUUCGCUCGAGGAACGAUCAUCCCAAAUGGAGCACAUCCUGAAGUCCUCAGUCGUUGAUUCGAAGUAUGGAGAAUCUGGCUGGGAGCACCGAGAGCCUGACUUGGACGUCAUCAGAGAAGUUGUCGACUCUCGUUAUACCGUGUUCGAUGUACUGCCUCUCUUCUUCGCCCACAGUGACCCAUGGGUCGGCCUUGCUGCACUUGAGGUGUACAUCAGACGUGCUUACCGUGCUUAUACUGUUAAAGAGGUGACCUACCACAAUGAUUCCGAGCCACCAUUCCUCCUAUCUUGGGACUUUGUUCUCCGAAAAGUUGGACAGACUGAAUUUGGGUUGCCAUUGGCUUCGUCCUUCCCCUCCGGCUCAGCAACACCUUCUUCCCAAGGUAGCCCUUUCAAGCGAAUCACCUCUGUCAGUGAUCUAUCAUAUCUGAACAAGGUCCAGGGUGGCGACGAGCCAUCCCGCAAAGGUGUCAUCGUCCCCUGCCACUAUCUUGAUGAAGCCGAUGAGACCCUUGCACGUGCAUUGGAUGUCUUCCCCAAGGGUGGUGAAAAGAAAGCAAGCCAAACAUACCUCAUGCCAACUUUGGAUAGCCAGAGAAGACCUCAGAAAGCAGAUGCGAACGCUGAGGAUGAGUUGGAAAAUGUUAUCAACAUUGCCAUCCGCGAUAUUGAGAACUUGAAUGAUGAAGAAAUCAUGCCUCGUCUGGAGAGCCUUGUUACCGAGUACAAGAAAGAGCUGCUCGCACGCAAGGUACGCCGCGUCACCUUCAUCUGUGGUCAUAAGGAAGGAAAUUACCCUGGAUACUUCACCUUCCGUGGCCCUACAUACGAAGAGGAUCAGAGCAUUCGUAACAAUGAGCCUGCUUUGGCUUUCCAGCUGGAGCUUGGAAGAUUGUCAAGAUUCAAGAUCAAGCCUGUUUUCACUGAGAACAGGAAUAUCCAUGUCUACGAAGCAACUGGCAAGGGUAUUGACAGUGACAAAGUGGUUGACAAGCGCUACUUCACCCGUGCAGUUGUCCGUCCUGGCCGCCUGAAGGACGAGAUUCCAACUGCCGAAUAUCUCAUCUCCGAGACUGACCGUCUCGUGAACGAUAUUUGUGAUGCUCUUGAGAUCAUUGGUAACAACAACUCGGACUUGAACCAUAUCUUCAUCAACUUCACGCCCGUUUUCAACCUUCAACCUCGGGAUGUUGAGGAACAAAUUGCAGGCUUCUUGGAACGUUUCUCGAGACGUUUCCUUCGCCUCCGAGUUACCGGCGCUGAAAUCAGAAUCCUUUGUACCGAUCCAGAUUCAGGGCUGCCUUACCCUCUCAGAAUUAUCAUCACCAACACAUCAGGGUAUGUGGUCCAGGUCGAAAGUUAUGUUGAAAAGAAGUCACGCACUGGUGAGUGGGUGUUCGAGAGUAUUGGUGGCACCACCAAGCUCGGCGCCAUGCACUUGCGAUCUGUGUCAACUCCAUAUGCCUCCAAGGAGUGGUUACAGCCAAAGCGUUACAAGGCUCAUCUUAUGGGUACUCAAUACGUCUAUGACUUCCCCGAGCUUUUCCGACAGGCUAUUCAAAACAGCUGGGCCAAAGCUGUUGCCAAACAUUCCUCAUUAGUGGAGUCGAGACCUGAGAUUGGCACUUGUGUCGAGUACAAUGAGCUGGUGCUCGAUGAUUCCGACAACCUUGCUGAAGUUUCCCGUGAGCCUGGUACCAAUAACUGUGGUAUGGUUGCUUGGUUACUGACAGCCAAGACGCCUGAAUACCCAAGAGGCAGAAGGUUUGUCAUUGUCGCCAACGACAUCACCUUCCAAAUCGGUUCAUUCGGCCCAACUGAAGACAACUUCUUCAACAAGGUUACAGAAUUCGCUCGCAAGCUUGGUAUCCCUCGUAUCUACCUUUCUGCCAACUCUGGCGCUCGUAUCGGUAUGGCCGAUGAGCUCAUUCCUCACUUCUCUGUCGCAUGGAAUGAUGAAGAGAACCCAUCCUCGGGCUUCAAGUACCUGUAUCUGACGCCUGAAAAGAGAAAGAAGCUUAGCCAGAAAGAGGUCAUCACCGAGGCCAUCACCGAAGAAGGUGAGGAGCGUCACCGAAUCACCACCAUCGUCGGUGCCAAAGAUGGUCUUGGUGUUGAGUGCUUGCGAGGCUCUGGUCUGAUUGCAGGUGCCACCUCCAAGGCAUACGAAGAUAUCUUCACAAUUACGCUUGUCACAUGCCGUUCCGUUGGUAUCGGUGCAUACUUGGUGCGACUUGGUCAGCGUGCCAUCCAAAUUGAGGGCCAGCCCAUCAUCCUUACCGGUGCUCCUGCACUCAAUAAGGUUCUUGGCAAGGAAGUCUAUACCUCAAACCUCCAGCUUGGUGGUACGCAAAUCAUGUACAGGAAUGGUGUGUCUCAUAUGACUGCCAACGAUGACUUCCAGGGUGUGGAAAAGAUUGUCGACUGGCUUUCCUUUGUUCCCGACAAGAAGGGCCAGCCUGUCCCUGUCAGCCCGUCGGCAGAUCCAUGGGAUCGUAACAUUGGGUUUUGCCCACCGCCUCGUGCACCUUAUGAUGUCCGUCAUCUCAUUGCCGGUAAGGAGGAUGAGGAAGGAUUUCUGUCCGGUCUCUUCGAUCGUGACUCUUUCCAGGAGUCUCUUGGUGGGUGGGCUAAGACUGUGGUUAUUGGUCGUGCUCGACUUGGUGGCAUUCCCAUGGGUGUCAUCGCUGUUGAGACUCGCACUGUGGAGAAUAUCAGCCCUGCUGAUCCUGCCAACGCAGACUCCAUUGAGCAAGUCGUUCAAGAAGCAGGUGGUGUAUGGUUCCCCAACUCCGCCUUCAAGACUGCACAGGCUUUGAGAGACUUCAACUAUGGCGAGCAACUCCCAGUUAUGAUCCUAGCCAAUUGGCGUGGUUUCUCUGGUGGUCAGCGCGACAUGUUCAACGAGGUCCUCAAGUACGGCUCGUACAUCGUUGAUGGUCUUGUCAAAUAUGAGCAACCUGUCUUUGUGUACAUUCCUCCGUUCGGAGAACUACGUGGUGGUUCAUGGGUCGUCGUUGAUCCUACCAUUAAUCCCGAGCAAAUGGAAAUGUAUGCUGAUGAAGAAUCCCGCGGUGGUGUGCUCGAACCCGAGGGCAUUGUUGGUAUCAAGUAUCGUCGCGAGAAGCAACUUGAGACCAUGGCUCGCUUGGAUGCUACAUAUGGCGAACUCAAGGCUCAAUCUCUUGCUAAGGGCUUGACACCUGAACAGUUGAAUGCCAUCAAGACUAAAAUGACCGAACGUGAGCAAUUGCUUGGCCCCAUCUACCAACAGAUUGCCAUCCAAUUUGCCGAUCUCCACGAUCGUGCAGGACGAAUGCAAGCCAAGGGAACCAUUCGAUCUGCAUUGAAAUGGCAAAAUGCCCGAAGAUUCUUCUACUGGCGUCUACGACGAAGGUUGUCUGAGGAAGUUCUGUUGAAGAAGCUCACCACCAGUCAAGCAGCAGGCGGUAGCCCAGUAGUUGUCAACGGCCUUGCACAGAAGGAGACCAACCUGGCCAUCCUUAAGAACUGGUCCGGAAUGCUUGAUGUCGAGUUCGACAAGGAUGACCGCAAGGUUGCUGAGUGGUACGAGAGUCAUCGCAAGGAGGUGUAUGCCAAGAUCGACGCUCUCAAGAGCGAAGCCAUUAGCAAGAAGGUUUCGGAAUUGUUGAUGAGCAACAAGGAAGGUGGAUUGAAGGGUGUACGAGAGGUGCUGAGCCUUGUUCCAACUAGCGAGAGGGAGCAGUUGGUCAAGUAUCUUACUGGAGCAUAA